AUGUCGGAUAUAUUGUGCAAUUGGCUCAACGAGGAGGUUCGGUUGUCAAAAGUCAUCGAACCAAAGAACUUUGCGAAGGAUUUCUCCAAUGGUUACCUAAUUGGAGAAGUGCUACAUAAAUACCAAAUGCUUAAUGAUGUUAGCAACCUAAUGAAAACAGACACCUCCACGUCCAGACUGAAUAAUUUCACUCGCCUCCAGCCAACUCUCCAUCGGUUGGGCAUCUCCUUUGACCUAAACACAGCUCAGGGACUGAUUCAAGAGAAGCCUGGUGCUGCCACACAUCUUCUUUAUCAACUCUACGUCACGCUAGAAAAGCAGAAGAAGAAAAAAACUGAACUCAUGCAAACCGAUGUCCUACAUAAAAAAAGUCAUCAAGUCUUCUCUGAUCGACUACAUCUUGUGGAAGCGAAACGCGAUGCGGAAUUGAAAUUGCAGAAAGUGAAUCAAGACUUGGAGAAGAGACGCCCUCAGUCAAUCCAAAAGGAGAGCGAAGACCAGGAAGAUAAGAGAGCCUUACACAUGAGGAAGUUUUCUCGUCCAAAAUACAGUGAUGUGACGUCAAGUCAAAACCAGUCUGCUGAUGUCCAGGUGCCAAAGCCGCCACCCUACUCCUCUAUGGUCAACAUGAGGAAGCAGAAGCAUCAGCAACGCAAAGAUCAGCAAGCAGAGACAGUAGAGGCUGAAAUUGCAGAGUUCGAGAUGAACAGAAAGAAACUGACAACUUCAGGCUUAGCUCCCUCUUCAAGUGGUCUAGACGUUCCACUUGGGUCUAGCACCAAGGGCAAUGGAGGUGAAAAUGAGCUCACACUUCAGUCCAGCAGCGCAUAUAUUCAGGAGAUUCGGCAGAGGCGGCAGGAGAAUGUCUCUGCCUCUGAGCAGAGAGAAAAAAGACGAAUCAGGUGCCUGGUUGAGCAGCUCAAGGCCCAAGAGGCUCAAGAGGAGAGAUGGCGUGAAGAGCAGCUUGUUAGGUGUCUGACAGGCCAGACUCAGCAAGAGAAGCGUUUGGCAGUGCAGCUACUACAGAUGCGCAAGCAGAAGGAUGCGUUCCGACAGAACCGCCUGCUGAUAGAACAACAGUUUCAGCAACAGAGAGAGAAGGAAUUCCGUGAAGCUCUUGAAAGGGAAGCGGCCUUGACCCGACAGGCCCAAUUGGACCGAGCAGAAGAGAUCCAAUUGGAGCUGGAGUUCUGUAAGAAGAUGGCUGCUGAGUGCGCUCGGAAAAGAUCAAACAAGCAUUUUGAGAACUGCAAAGAGAUUUUGGAGCAAAUUUUGGACUUGGCCACGAAGGUGGGAGAGUACCGCCUGCUCACCACAAAUUUGAUUCCAGCAAAGCUGAUGCGUGAAUGGAAGGAACUGCUGUUGAACGGUCUGCCUCUUUACGAGCAGCAGCGACUCACAUCGCCCGACCCUGUGGAACUCCAAAAGCAGGAACUUCUCAACAUGCAGGAUUAUGAGGAAUAUGUUAACAUGGUGGGAGAAUGGACGUGGACAGAGGAAUGCGGGGAGCCCAGUUAUCCAGUUGUGCCUACCCUCAACAUCAUUCUCAGACAUGUGUUCUUGAGGAUGAGGAGCAUGAUCCCGCUACCAAGUCCAUCGACAAUUCCUGGUUACAGGCUUAAGGCGUGUGUCCUAGGCAAGUUCUGUUCUGGCAAGACCACCUGCCUGAAAAAGAUUGCUCAAGAUCUCAAAAUAUGUGUUCUAUCUGCGGACAGCUUAGUAGAAGCGGCAUUGACAGCCUACCAAAAAAGAGAGGUGUUGUCGAUCCGUGCGAUGCUGGGAAGAGCUGCCGCAGAGAAUCUAGGCGAGGGCAACGUCAUUCCCGAUGAGCUGUUGGUGGACAUAUUCGUGGAAGCUAUCAGUCAGAUUCCAUUCGAAUCGGGCUGGAUACUGGAUGGCUUUCCGUUCAACAUAGACCAAGCCCAUCUACUUGAGACGGCAAUUGCGUCUAUGGACACGGGAUACGAAGUAGUGGGCGGAAAGAUAGACCUCGCAAUCAAUCCCAAUCCUCCACCACCUCCACCUUCGCCACCGGCACUGGACUUGGCUGUACUGCUGGAUAUUCCCGAUCAGUGCGUUGCCAAGCGGGCAGUCCAUCACGUUGAUGGCGGUUUAACUACAACUGCUGGCAAAUCGACUCCAAAUUCAAACAACAAAUUGUUUGUGGCGCAGAUUGCACACAGGGUCACAUCUUUUCAGGAUAACUGGAUCAAACUCGAGGAAUGGUUCGGGAACACCGGAAGGAAAAGUAUUUUGACGCGUGUGAAUGCAGAUGUUAUGAAGGAUGAUCUUUACAUGACCGUGAAAAAUAUUCUGCAGAAGGCUAUAACGCAAAAACAGGAAGCUUCUAGGUGGCAAUUUGUUGAGGAAGUUGUGGUGGACAACCCACUGCCUCAAGUAUCAACUGCUCCUCCUGUGCCUGCCGCGCAAACGCCGUCCGUCGUAAAUGAUGCCAGCAAACACGAAGACUCCAAAUCGAAUACUAAAUCGGAUAAAUCCAGCUUGACCACAUCAUCAGAUAAAGCGAGUAAGGGGUCAGCUGACUCAACACUUGAUGAUGACUCGCAAGAAACCACAUCCUCUUCUUCCUCACCCGUCCCUGGCUCUCCCGGCUGGUUUUAUGUAGAUGAGCCGCUGUCCUUGGAUAAAGCAGAGUAUUUGUGCCAGCAAUGGGAAGCAAUAUGUGAUUGUUAUGUGAGCAGUGUAAAAUCUGUGAUGCAGGAACUCCGCUUAGAACGCACUGUUAUUGACCAACAGUUGUAUGACAUCAGAGAGGAGUUCAAACACUACCUAGCGCGACCGGACCUGAAGCAGGAAUUGGUGUCUCAGUGGCAGAAGGACUACAACAGCAUACCUGACGACCUAAGAAAGAACGAGGAGACCAAAGCAGAGUUAAAUCAUCGCUUGGAUGAUCUGCGAGAGCAUUUGUGGGAUAUUGUUGAAACGCACAAGGAGGACGAUGAGACACAACGAGCUGUCCUCAUACGUGAAAAAUGGUUGGAGGACCACACAGCUAUCCUAGUCAACCACCAUUUAAGGCUCAUUCAGGUGGAAAUGAGCCGUUUCCAGAACACACGGAAUAUUUUGCGGGACUACUAUCUGUGUGUAGGUCAACAGGAACAUUUGGACUCCAUCCCUCUCCUUGAAGUCGAAGAUACAGAAAAUGCAAAGGCACUUCGUGAGCUCCUAAUCGCCAAACAUGAAGAUGCCCUCGCCGUCAUAAGUAAAUUGGUGUCUAUAGAAUCCCACCAGGUGGACCUAAAGACACAUGACAGUGAUAAAAGCCAAGAGAAGGAAAAAAUCCAAGACAAAGAACGACCCCAGGAGAAGGAAAAGGAAAAAGAGAAAGAUAAUGCAAACAAAAAGAGUUCGACAUCUCCUCCUCCUUCACCCAGCCCACCACCAGCUGUGGAGACUGCAGAGAAGACCUCUGUAGGCGUUAAAAAUGGCAAACAGAAACAUAUCGUCAAAGAAUACACAGCUGCGUUAAAGCAUGAAGAGAAGGCAUCACAUAUACGUAUUCGGUUGGUGAAUGGCCACGGUCUUGUGUUGAUCAACUCCCUGCACAGCAGAGCUGAACAGAUUUUUAGUGACAUGCGAGACAGCUUAGAAGCACACUAUGUUGCACAGAUGAAGAGUAUUGACCAACUUACAGACGUAGUGCGCCACUUCAUAGAGACGGCUACUAAACUUCAGAAUGAGUUGGUGUUGGAAAGUAUUGAUUUCUAUUUCAAUGGAGACUUGGUAGCGAGUUCACCGGCUCACUUUAGCCCAGCUGUGUCGGAGAGAGUAACCACCUCAAUGCUGACGGCCCUUCAGCUAGAUUCCCUGUACCACUGUCUUUGCAAUGAGGCUCCAACAGGUGUCAUGUCCAGUUCUGAGUUCUUCCAUCUAAUUAGGGACAUCCUCCCAUUCAACACUCUGCCUGAACCUUGGGAGAAUAUGACUGAAAAUCAGUUGAACGAGAUCAUUUCUCUGCUCACUGAUGGAUACAAACAGAUAGAUUGGCGUCGAUUCCUGCUCAGUGCUGCUAUCCCUUGGCCGUUUCCCUCCUUAACUCAACUGCUGCUUGUGCGCAAGCAUUUUAAGGCGGUCGACACUGAGGACACUGGGUAUAUAAGCGAGGAGCAAUAUAUGCAGACUGAGUUGUGGUUUCCCACUGGGUGUGAGCAGUCCAUAUCCGAGGACUCUUAUGAGCCUCUUUAUAAUCGUGCGAAUAACCUACGCAAGUUCUUUUUCCAGCUUUUUUCUGAUCACUCUACCACACCGCCUCAACUGGACUACAUGACCAUGCUUUUGUGCUUCGCCGCUGAUCCCGAUCCCAAGCAGGGCUUCAUUAAAGCGCUGAGUUUAAUGACUGGACAUCAUCUCCAGUACUCUUCCUCAAGCCCUCUGCACACAGUGACAUCAUUGACCGAUACCAGUCUAGGCGAGACCAUGGUGCUGACUGGAGAAAAAUACAAGGGGGAAGAGGAGUUUUCAGCAAACAGCUUGUUGGCAAUGCAGACGGUGUCCAUCCCAGCUCUUCUUUCUGUUGUUGGCCCUGAAGUAGGAAAGAUGAAAAGUAGCACCCACCUUCCUUCUGGCUGCUUGAGCCAGAAGGAAAACAUUGAGUACCUGAUGCAGAUAUUCGCAGAGCUCGGUUACACUCCAGAAGAUGUCAUUCCAUUCUCCAUCCUCUCUGAGCAUCCCUCAUUUCAUAACCUCAUCGAGAACACUGACCACCACCUCUUUGUUAACAUUCAUGAUGUGCUACAAGCCCCUCAGCCACAAGAAGAAACUGUGCAGUCUCCACAUUGA